GAUCAUGAAAAUGGUUAUGAUAAACAGCCAAAGCAACGAGCGCCUGAGGUGGUUAGAUUACCCUGCAAUCUGGGCUGUUCAGAUUCUUCGAUGAAAUUGCCGUGAAGUAUGAUGAUGUCUUUGGUUUGGUCCCUUCCCAUGCUCGUUCAUCCAGCAUGGAAUUUGCAGUUGUUGCAGACACACAACGACCCAAGAUGUCCUGUUACCUCGCACCUCGCAUUUUCAGACCAGCGCACUCUGCCAGCGCACUCUGGGCCCGUCAUGAUCCAGCAACUAUUUCGCGUCAGCGAGGCAGCCAAAGCUCCAUCCCUACCUGCUUCCAGACUCCGCGACUCUGCAGAUUAAUCCCUACGAUGCCUACCUCCUAUCCCUUCCCUCUACACAUCCCAUCCACCCCGCCC